CGCCCUGCGACGGGCCUCCCGCUUCUCCCGGGCCCCAGGCACCCACGGAGCCACUCCAGCUUCGGGGCGUUCUGUGAGUGAAGGCCGCUGUAGACAAGCAGAGGCUACAGCCCCAGACUCCCGGGCCUGAAGGGAGCCCCUGGAGGACCAUGAACGAGGCGAAGGAAUCGCUGCGGAGCAUCGAGCAGAAGUACAAGCUGUUCCAGCAGCAGCAGUUCACCUUCGUGGCGGCGCUGGAGCACUGCCGGGAGAACGCCCACGACAAGAUCAAGCCCAUCACCAGCAUCGAGCAGGUGCAGAGCUACACGGAGCACUACUGCACCAACUCCACAGACCGCCGCAUCCUGCUCAUGUUCCUGGACAUCUGCACGGACCUGAGAUCGCUCUGCCAGCGCUUCGAGACCCUGCACCCAGGCACCCCGAUCACCAACAACUUCCUGGACAAAUGCAAGACCUUCGUGAGCCAAAGCAAUGACCUGAGCAGCCUGAGAGCCAAGUACCCCCAUGACGUGGUGAACCACCUGAGCUGUGACGAGGCCAGGAACCACUACGGGGGCGUGGUCAGCCUCAUCCCCAUCAUCCUGGACCUGAUGAAAGAAUGGAUCGCCCACUCGGAGAAGCUGCCCCGCAAAGCGCUGCAGCACGUGAGUGGGCCCGACACGCCGGGACGCUCCGCGGCCCCCGUGCCUUCUGCCCAGGCCACGAGCACCCGGGCCCACGUUACAAAACACCCCAGUAGGCAACUUACAAAAGGCAGCCUCAAACCCAGGGGGGUAGACCAAGGAUGUUCAAAACCCCCCUGGAGACCCCCUGGUGGGAAACUGUAACCCAGAGCCAAUGACCUCGCCCAGCCCCACCCCAGCCCGCCCCGGCCGAGGGGUGCUGUCACUAAACUCAGUCCCAAGUGGUCGAUCCAUUGUCACGGGCACUCACAGUCCCUGCCACUCAUUAACCCCACGGGGCUGCCCAAUAUAGAGGGUGUCCCAAAAAAUGUAUACACACUUUAA